GAUAACUGUCAUCAAUUAACGUCACAAAAUAAUUAUUGGAUUAAAAUUAAAACAACAUGAACUCAUUACAAAUAAAUUUUUGUUGCACCCACCAACAUUGAGAAACUCUUUCAUAUUGAACAACUAAAUAGUUUUAUAAUAAUUAUUCAAGAGGUUACGACAAAUGGACAAGUUCAGGUUAAUAAUUAAGUCAGCUAAAGCCAGUACCAUUGCUCCAGAUAGUUCUGUAAUAUCUGAAAUACAUGAUGCAUCCAAGACACCUGCAGAAUGUUGUGGUGUUAAAAUAUCGUCUUCAAAGCCCAAAUCUUCGAUAAUUGGUCCAAGGACGAUACAAGUAUUCAUCUCUUAUCUACCAAGCAUCGGGUAUUUUACAGUUGCAGGUGCAUUAUGUACAAUAUAUUUAUGCGAAUGGAAAUCGGUAUUACAGUACGUCCCAUUUUAUGGAGGUAAAUAUGACAAAAAAGAAGAUUAGAGUUUAUAUGCGAAAUUAAUAAUCUACCAAAUAUGUAAAUAUAGUCCAGGAUCCGUAAGAAAGGUCGACCUUCACCAAUCUAUUUAGUGAAUAAAAGUUUAUUUCUUAUUAUUAAAUAAAAUAUGUUUUUAAAUAUACCGCAAAUGGGUUACCUAAGAAAAUAUGGUCGUUUUUACUUUUCUUUUUG